AUGGCGAUCGGCUGCAGGUCAGAUACGGCUUCCAUUUCGUCGAGUUUGUUUCAGCAUGUCCAAGAGAAUGGACGUACUUAUCAUAAGUACAAAGAAGGGAAAUAUCUGCUACCGAACGAUGAGAAAGAACAGAAUAGGCUAGAUUUACAACAUCAGCUUUGCAAGCUAUCUCUUCAUGGUAGACUCCAUCUCGCCCCCUUGAAAGAUGCGAAUCUCAAGCAUGCACUUGAUUUUGGCACGGGCACAGGAAUUUGGGCAAUUGACUUUGCUGAACAAUACCCGAAUUGCAAGGUUCUUGGCAGCGAUCUCUCUCCAAUCCAGCCAGAAUUCGUACCAGAGAACUGCACAUUCGAAGUAGACGACCUAGAAGAUGAAUGGAUCUACCCGCAACCCUUCAACUAUAUCCAUUCCCGACUCAUGGUAUUCUGUCUCCGGUCGCCUAUAUCCACCAUCCAGAAAGCCUACGCCUCACUCGCCCCCGGCGGCUGGCUUGAAAUGCAAGAUACAUGCGCCCCCCUAUACUCAAUCGACAACUCAAUUGCCGGAACUUCCCUCGAAAAAUGCUAUGAUAUGGUUGUGGAAGCUGCCAAGAAAGUAGGGAUUGAUAGUACUGCCGCGAGCAGAUACAAGGACAUGAUGGAAGAAGCCGGCUUUGUGGACGUUCAAGAGGUGAAGGUCGAGUGGCCGAUUGGGGGAUGGGCGAAGAGCACCUAUCACAAGACUUUGGGGAAGUGGUUUCGGGCCGAUUUAGAGACGGGUGUGGAGGCUGUGGCGUUGGGGUUGUUCACCAGGGUACUGGGAAUGAAGAAAGAGGAGGUCGAAAGCUUCUUGGUGGACAUUAAGAAGGAUAUGGAUUCGAAGCAUGUUCAUGCUUAUCAACCUUUCUAUAUUGUGUUUGGAAGGAAGCCGGAGUAA